AUCUACGGUGUCUGCCUGAGAUCAAAAUAGUAGAGCCUUAUGUUUACAAACACUGGGCUUUGGAUAAAACGUACAAUUAUUAAUUGGUUAAGGAGACUAAUGCUAUCCGAGGAGCAACCAUGGCGAACUAUGUACUGGGCAUAGACAUAGGAACUACUUCAAUCAAGGUCGUGUUACUUGAUAUUCACUCAAAAGGAGUAACGGAUAGCGUCUCUUUGCCAACCAAGGCAGAUAUCAUCAGCGACGAAACGCAUGUAUGUGACAGGCACCUCUCUCUGAAUCGCCGUGCAUAAUGAGCUUUCAGUCUUUCAAAUGUACAGCCGUUUAAGCCUUUCAAGCUGCUGUGCAUUUGAUCUCAAAUUGUGCAUAAUCCUAUUGAUUUAUAGACCUCUUCUAAACUAUAUAUUAUAUGAUUGCUUUUCCUUUGUAGGCCAAAGAGCAGGACUCUGUACAAAUCAUAACGACUCUGAAUGAGUGCGUUGCCUCUCUGCCCAUAGACAAGCUCCAGAAUGUCAGUAGAAUUGGGGUGUCUGGACAAAUGCAUGGGGUUGUUUUCUGGAAAGCACAAACAGGUAAAACAACAAAAUGUGUGUCACCCACUAUUAUGUGGUAUACAUUUUUUUAUGUAGAAAUCACAAUGCUCUUUAUUCAAACAAGUCCUGUACCAUCACUGUCUACCCUCAGGCUGUGAUUGGUUAGGUGGAGACAGCGGUCACAUCUUCAGGCCUAGAGACACCAGUCAUCUAAUAACCUGGCAGGAUGGGCGCUGCAACAGUGAUUUCCUGUCUACACUUCCAAACCCAGACUCACAUCUCAGCAUAGCCACAGGCUUUGGUUGUGCCACUAUCUUCUGGUACAUGAAACACAGGUACAUAGGGCUAUAUCAUGCCUACAUGACUGGGCUGAUUUUGAUGAAUAGGUUUACUUCAUAUACAGCCAGUCGACUCCUAAUAAGUACACAUGUAGGAUAAGUGCAUGUCUAUUACACCCAGUUUACACUUAUCCUAUGUGCUCUUAUCAGGAGUUUACUCUAUAGACUAAUAGAUUCAGAAAGCUUGUCAUUAUUAUUUUCACUGUGUGUUUGAAUGCAGGCCGGGGUUCCUGUCUGAUUUCAUGGUGGCAGGAACCAUUCAUGACUAUGUGGUGUCCAUGCUGUGUGGCUUGGAGAGCUGUGUCAUGACUGGCCAGAAUGCAGCCAGCUGGGGCUACUUCAACACUGCCACCAACCAGUGGAACAUAGACAUGUGAGCACAAUAUCCUCUUCUUCUUCUUCUUCUUCUUCUUCUUCUAGCACCAAUUCUAUGCUUUUUAGUACAAAGGAUGUUAUUACUAACAUACUACAUACUGAACAUAAUAUGAAUGCAUGUGUUGUGUUAUGUUGUGUUGUGUGUUAGCUAACAUGUACAGGUAACUGCCAAAAUAAAGGAAACACCAGCAUAAAGUGUCUUAAUAGGGCGUUAGGCCACCACAAGCCAGAACAGCUUCAAAGCACCUUGGCAUAGAUCGGGGGGGGGGGGGCAAAGUACGGCCCGCGGGCCGUAUCCGGCCCGCCAGGCACUUCAAUCCGGCCCGCUAGACAUUUUGUAAAUGUAUUCAAUAUUAUUAUAUUUCAGUUAUGAUUUUUGGCCUAAAAUUACUUAUUCCAUGAUAUACAAACAACCUUCAAUAGAUGUCGCUGUAGCCUGGCAGCGCGCUCUGUAUUUGGGCCUACAGUCAGAUUCAGAAUGCGCUCAGUCAUCAUAGCCACUUCAUUGCUUGACGACUUUUGACGUGAAAAAUGAGUGCUGUGAAAAUGAGAAAAGUGGACUCUGAAUGUUGUGUGUUUAAAGAAGAAUGGACAGCAAAAUACUUUUUUACUAAUAUUGGACAUACAGUGGGGAGAACAAGUAUUUGAUACACUGCCGAUUUUGCAGGUUUUCCUACUUACAAAGCAUGUAGAGGUCUGUAAUUUUUUUUACAAAAAUCCAGAAAAUCACAUUGUAUGAUUUUUAAGUUAUUAAUUUGCAUUUUAUUGCAUGACAUAAGUAUUUGAUCACAUUUUUUACAUUUACAUUUUAGUCAUUUAGCAGACGCUCUUAUCCAGAGCGACUUACAGUUAGUGAAUACAUAUCUUUUUAUACUGGCCCCCCGUGGGAAUCGAACCCACAACCCUGGCGUUGCAAACGCCAUGCUCUAUCAACUGAGCUACAACCCUGCCGGCCAUCUCACCUCGUGGGGCAUCAAUGAUCAUGAGGAAGGUGAGGGAUCAGCCCAGAACUACACGGCAGGACCUGGUCAAUGACCUGAAGAGAGCUGGGACCACAGUCUCAAAGUAAACCAUUAGUAACACACUACGCCGUCAUGGAUUAAAAUCCUGCAGCGCACACAAGGUCCCCCUGCUCAAGCCAGCGCAUGUCCAGGCCCGUCUGAAGUUUGCCAAUGACCAUCUGGAUGAUCCAGAGGAGGAAUGGGAGAAGGUCAUGUGGUCUGAUGAGACAAAAAUAGAGCUUUUUGGUCUAAACUCCACUCGCCGUGUUUGGAGGAAGAAGAAGGAUGAGUACAACCCCAAGAACACCAUCCCAACCGUGAAGCAUGGAGGUGGAAACAUCAUUCUUUGGGGAUGCUUUUCUGCAAAGGGGACAGGACGACUGCACCGUAUUGAGGGGAGGAUGGAUGGGGCCAUGUAUCGCGAGAUCUUGGCCAACAACCUCCUUCCCUCAGUAAGAGCAGUGAAGAUGGGUCGUGGCUGGGUCUUCCAGCAUGACAACGACCCGAAACACACAGCCAGGGCAACUAAGGAGUGGCUCCGUAAGAAGCAUCUCAAGGUCCUGGAGUGGCCUAGCCAGUCUCCAGACCUGAACCAAAUAGAAAAUCUUUGGAGGGAGCUGAAAGUCCGUAUUGCCCAGCGACAGCCCCGAAACCUGAAGGAUCUGGAGAAGGUCUGUAUGGAGGAGUGGGCCAAAAUCCCUGCUGCAGUGUGUGCAAACCUGGUCAAGACUUACAGGAAACGUAUGAUCUCUGUAAUUGCAAACAAAGGUUUCUGUACCAAAUAUUAAGUUCUGCUUUUCUGAUGUAUCAAAUACUUAUGUCAUGCAAUAAAAUGCAAAUUAAUUACUUAAAAAUCAUACAAUGUGAUUUUUUGGAUUUUUGUUUUAGAUUCCGUCUCUCACAGUUGAAGUGUACCUAUGAUAAAAAAUUACAGACCUCUACAUGCUUUGUAAGUAGGAAAACCUGCAAAAUCGGCAGUGUAUCAAAUACUUGUUCUCCCCACUGUAAGUCUGAUAUGUCAAGAAAGUGUUGCUGUUUUAAUAUAAUCUCAAUCGUCAUUUUUCAAGCAAGCAUGUUAAAAGUGUGUUAAAGCUGGAAAAUGUUGUCAAAGUGCUUGUAAAACUUGUCAACUUUAUACGGGCAAGUGGGCUUAACCAUCGUCAGUUCAUUCAGCUGCUCAAUGACACAGAAGCAGAGCACCAGGACUUGUUGUACCAUUCAAAUGUGCGCUGGCUAAGCCUGGGAAAAGUAUUUCGCUGUGUGUGGGAACUGAGAGGGGAGAUGAGUAUGUUCCUUGAUACGGUUGGUAAAGCUGACGAAUUCUCUGAAUUGAAAGACACAGACUGGCUGGGCGACUUUGCUUUCGGUGUGGACAUACAGUGGGGGAAAAAAAGUAUUUAGUCAGCCACCAAUUGUGCAAGUUCUCCCACUUAAAAAGAUGAGAGAGGCCUGUAAUUUUCAUCAUAGGUACACGUCAACUAUGACAGACAAAAUGAGAAUUUUUUUUCCAGAAAAUCACAUUGUAGGAUUUUUUAUGAAUUUAUUUGCAAAUUAUGGUGGAAAAUAAGUAUUUGGUCAAUAACAAAAGUUUCUCAAUACUUUGUUAUAUACCCUUUGUUGGCAAUGACACAGGUCAAACGUUUUCUGUAAGUCUUCACAAGGUUUUCACACACUGUUGCUGGUAUUUUGGCCCAUUCCUCCAUGCAGAUCUCCUCUAGAGCAGUGAUGUUUUGGGGCUGUUGCUGGGCAACACGGACUUUCAACUCCCUCCAAAGAUUUUCUAUGGGGUUGAGAUCUGGAGACUGGCUAGGCCACUCCAGGACCAUGAAAUGCUUCUUACGAAGCCACUCCUUCGUUGCCCGGGCGGUGUGUUUGGGAUCAUUGUCAUGCUGAAAGACCCAGCCACGUUUCAUCUUCAAUGCCCUUGCUGAUGGAAGGAGGUUUUCACUCAAAAUCUCACGAUACAUGGCCCCAUUCAUUCUUUCCUUUACACGGAUCAGUCGUCCUGGUCCCUUUGCAGAAAAACAGCCCCAAAGCAUGAUGUUUCCACCCCCAUGCUUCACAGUAGGUAUGGUGUUCUUUGGAUGCAACUCAGCAUUCUUUGUCCUCCAAACACGACAAGUUGAGUUUUUACCAAAAAGUUAUAUUUUGGUUUCAUCUGACCAUAUGACAUUCUCCCAAUCCUCUUCUGGAUUAUCCAAAUGCACUCUAGCAAACUUCAGACGGGCCUGGACAUGUACUGGCUUAAGCAGGGGGACACGUCUGGCACUGCAGGAUUUGAGUCCCUGGCGGCGUAGUGUGUUACUGAUGGUAGGCUUUGUUACGUUGGUCCCAGCUCUCUGCAGGUCAUUCACUAGGUGUGGUUCUGGGAUUUUUGCUCACCGUUCUUAUGAUCAUUUUGACCCCACGGGGUGAGAUCUUGCGUGGAGCCCCAGAUCGAGGGAGAUUAUCAGUGGUCUUGUAUGUCUUCCAUUUCCUAAUAAUUGCUCCCACAGUUGAUUUCUUCAAACCAAGCUGCUUACCUAUUGCAGAUUCAGUCUUCCCAGCCUGGUGCAGGUCUACAAUUUUGUUUCUGGUGUCCUUUGACAGCUAUUUGGUCUUGGCCAUAGUGGAGUUUGGAGUGUGACUGUUUGAGGUUGUGGACAGGUGUCUUUUAUACUGAUAACAAGUUCAAACAGGUGCCAUUAAUACAGGUAACGAGUGGAGGACAGAGGAGCCUCUUAAAGAAGAAGUUACAGGUCUGUGAGAGCCAGAAAUCUUGCUUGUUUGUAGGUGAACAAAUACUUAUUUUCCACCAUAAUUUGUAAAUAAAUUCAUUAAAAAUCCUAUAAUGUGAUUUUCUGGAGAAAAAAAUUCUCAAUUUGUCUGUCAUAGUUGACGUGUACCUAUGAUGAAAAUUACAGGCCUCUCUCAUCUUUUUAAGUGGGAUUACUUGCACAAUUGGUGGCUGACUAAAUACUUUUUUCCCCCACUGUAUUGUGAAACUGCAGGGAAAUUGUGUUUUUGUGCAUGAACUGUAUUCCAACGUGAAAGCUGGUCUCUCGCUCAUUUCCCGACACUGGCGGCACUGAACGCGCCCACAUCGCAGUGCCGCACUGAGACAUACAGGAGCACUUUGAUCGACCUGCAUCCGCCGCUUCUCAGACUUCACCAAGAUUGAGACUGAGCUGGAGUUUGUAUCAUGCCCUGUCUUUCGACAGUGAGAAAGCACCACCAGACACACAGUUGGAGCUCAUCGACAUCCAAUGUGACAGUGCUUUGAAGGAGAAGUACAAAACAGCAACAAUAGACCAGUUCUAUGGCUCACUGAAUGAAACAAAGUUUCCAAACAUUACAAAGUACGCCCAAAGGAUGCUUGUUUUAUUUGGGUCCAAAUAUGUGUGUGAACAAACGUUCUCAGUCAUGAAUUACAACAAAUCCUGUCACAGGUCAAAUUUAACAAAUUACCACUUGUCAGCUGUUCUGAGAAUCUCUACAUCAAAGAUGACACCAGACUUUGAUGCCCUUGCCAAGAGAGGUGACCAGACCUAUUGUUCACAUUAAGACUCGAAUAACCGUGACUGGGGUAGGCAAGGUUUAUGCUUUUUCAUGGUGAUGGUUAUGCAGUGAGAAUUAUCCAGCAAUGCACUUGGAUACAGGUAAUAACUAAUCAGUCAGAUUUGGGCUGAGGUGAUUGGAUAACUGUAAAUAUGUCUCACAAUGGAGAUGAGAAUUGUUCCUUAAUAUUCUUUAAAAAACAGACCAUUCCAAAUGAAACGGAUGCUCUUACCAUAUGUUUCACUCAAAUUUGAGAAUAGUUUUUUUUACACAUCUGCUGUUACAUUUAGCAUGUGUCCAUUCAUAUAAUAUAUAUAUAUUUUUAAGUUUGCAUAUUGUGACUGUAAGUUUGAUUGUACUUUACAAGGGUAGAGAUGCAGGAUCCGUGUGCGUGUUUGACUGUGUCUGUGAUGUUAUAAAUUAUAUCAAUUUUGUGAAAAUGUUGUGGAAAAUGUGUUCACAAAAAACAAGGGUAGAGAUGGUACAAGGGUAGACUGUUCUGCAAGCAUAUGUACACCUACAGUACACUAGUGGUUGCGUGUCAAUGUGAAAAUGAAUGAAGGCUUCACAUGUUUUGUCACGCAAAUAGUAUGUGGCCCUUCACUUGGUUUCAAAAACUCAGUGUGGCCCUUGAGACAAAAGGUUUGCCCACCCCUGGCAUAGAUUCUACAAGUGUCUGGAACUCUAUUGGCGAGGACACCAUUCUUCCACGACAAAUCCAUAAUUUGCUGUUUUGUUGAUGGUGGUGGAAAACCUUGUCUUAGGCGCCGCUCCAGAAUCUCCCAUAAGUGUUCAGUUGGAUUUACAUCGUUUUCAUGCUCAUCAAACCAUUCAGUGACCACUCGUGCCCUGUGGAUGGGUGCAUUGUCGCCAUAUGGGGUCAUAGCUAUGGUAGCCAAAAUAAUGGCUUGCCCAGCAUUUUUAUACAUGACCUAAAGCAUGAUGAGAUGUUAAUUGCUUAAAGGCCCAGUGCAAUCAAAAACGUGAUUUCCCUGUGUUUUAUAUAUACCUCCACACUGAGGUUGGAAAAAUACUGUGAAAUUGUGAAAAGUAUGAUAAUGCCCUUUUAGUGUAAGAGCUGUUUGAAAAGACAGCCAGAAAUGUCAGCCUGUUUUGGUGGGGUGGAGUUUUGGCCUGCCUGGUGACAUCACCAUGUGGUAAAUUAGUUAAUAGAACAAAAAGAAUAGAGAGUUCCAAACCUCUCUGCCAAUAACAGCUAGUUUUCAGUUUUCCCCUCCCUACUCAGACCACUACCAGACAGUCAUAGCAAAAUUCUUGCUUGAGGAAUUGCUCUUGCUAAGAAGCUAUUUUAGUUUAUUUUUGACCAUUUUGAUCGAAAACAAUCACAGGAAAUGAUUUAUUGUUACCUAGAAAUGAUUUGAUAUUGAGAUAAAAACAGCUGCAUUGGGCCUUUAAUCAACUCAAUAACCACAUCUGUGUGGAAGCACCUGCUUUCAAUAUACUUUGUAUCCCUCAUUUACUCAAGUGUUUCCGUUAUUUUGGCAGUUACCUGUAUCUUUGUGUGUGUGUGUGUGUGCAUGCUCUAGUCUGAAGGAUGCUGGCUUUCCCGUGCACCUGCUCCCUGAGUGUGUGCCGUCUGGCUGCAUGGCUGGUCAGACAUGCUGUGAGUGGCAUGGCGUCCCUGCCAACACACCUGUAGGGGCAGCCCUGGGGGACUUCCAGUGUUCUGUCUACUCCUGCAUGACUGACAGGACGGACGCAGGUGAAGUUGGGUGAAGAGGGGCAGUUCGACCUUUGAAUGUCAGUAGUAAUGCUGAAAGAGGAUUGGAUAGGUGUAAGCUAUAUAUGGUAAUAGCUCCACCUUAAACCUUCCGAUAGGCUAGGUGGAAAAUUCAGAAUUCUGUGCGUACACCUAUCCAUCUUUCAGAUCUACAUGAGUGCCUAAAUGCUAAUGAUAGGAGCUAGGGGUUGAUUAAGAAUUAACUUUUUCAAUUCAACCUUAUCAUUGAUUAUACUAAGGUAACCGUUUCUGUGCCUCUUUGCAGUUCUCAAUAUAAGCACCUCAGCCCAGCUGACCUAUGCCAUGCCACUUGACUUCACUCCGCCAAAUAUCCCUGAUCCCAGCUCCUCCAUCUCCUACUUCCCCUACUUCGAUGGCUCCUACUUGGCGGUGGCAGCAUCGCUCAAUGGAGGGAAUGUGAUGGCCACUCUUGUAGGCAUGCUGAGUGGCUGGAUGAACGAGCUAGGUAAAUUUAUCCAUAAACUUUCACUUACUGUCAUUGACUUAGUCACAAACCCUGUAAGUUUAUGUCACUUACAGGUGGCAUGUUAAGUCCAAGAGAGCUACUUAGUCAUUACACCUAUUUAAUCUUUUUACCUAUAGAGGUGGAAGUGAGCGACUCCAGCUUGUAUGAGAAGCUGAUCAGAUGUGCCCUUGGAGUGGACAGUAGUGACCUGAGGGUUAGUCCUACCAUCCUGGGGGAAAGACAUGACCUGCUCAGCCUGGGCCAGGUGUCCAACAUACACCCUUCCAACCUCUCCCUGGGCCACAUGACCAGAGCGGUGUGCCGUGGUGUUCUGGACAAUAUCACCUCCAUGAUGCACCCUGUCUUCCUGCUGGAGGCUGGAGUGCAAAGGAUCAUGGGCAGUGGGAGUGCCUUAUCCCGUAACGCGGUGCUCAGACAGGAAGCAGAAAGGGCGUUUCCUCUGCCUGUGGAAUACGGACAGGAUGUGGACUCAGCUGUGGGCGUGGCGAUAGUCUUUCAUGACAGAAUGUGAGUUAUGAUUCACACAGAGGGAUUGUUUGUUUACUUGCAUAUUUGAAUACUUGAAUUGUAUUUUUUCUGCAUGGCUAACAGUGACUAUUAAAAUCAACAUCAUGCUUAUUUUACAUUCCAGUGAUAUCCUCAGACAUGUUUAUGAAUUAAUACUAUUGGAAAUUAAUUGUGCAAUCUCCAAUCAAAAUGAUGUCUCACAUUUAUAGUAUGAACUUAAAAGUUCAAUUAGGCCUAUAGUAAGUGGUAAUUGGUAAUGUAUAGUUAACUACAGUAAAAUAAUGUACUGUAUUCAUGUUUGCAUUAGUGCACUUGACAUUUUAACUAAAACAUUGUUCUGCUACUGCUAGCUUACAUAUCAGUGUUAUUAGCAAUAAUUCCUUUGUAAGAUUUUAGUAUUGAUGAUGAUUACAACUGUUUUUACUUAAUGAUUCAAUUGUUAUGUUAUAAUGGCAUGUAAAAUAAAU